GUUGCUGGUGGUGGUGGUGGUGCUGCUGCUGCUGCUGCUGCUGCUGGUGGUGCUGUUGCUGGCACAGCGAGCGCGAGGAACGAGGAAGUUCGACGACGGGCCAGUGCUGCGGAGUGGACGGGUCGCGGCCGAAUGUCGUUUCAAUGCAACGAAAAUGGUGAAGUCUGUGAGAAAGUGGGCAUCGAGUAAAGGCCGAGACAGCCCGAACCAUGACAGAGGCGUCGGACGAUGGUAAUUACUUGGUGAGGGUACGGGCGCAGGUAAUGACUCGAGAUGACAGCUCUGGAGGUUGGGUUCCACUAAGCGGUGGAGGUCUGGCCAAUGUGUCAGUGAGAAGAAGACCCGUUGCUUCUUCCAGCACGCAUCAACCAAGCACAACAAAUGGGACUGGCGUAACGACGACGACAUCUGCCACACCUGCAGCCCCUAUCGCCAACUCCACGCACUCUGCAUCCACGAUUGCCAAUAAUCAGAAUCAUGGAUCAUCCAGCACUUCUCCACCUGGUGCACCUAAAAGGAGACACGAAUAUCUCAUUUAUGGGAAGAGGAUCACGGACCAAUCGGUGGUCCUCAGCUGCACCAUAAAGAAGGAUUUCGAAUAUAAUAAAGUGAUGCCCACUUUUCACCACUGGCGCACGGGAGAGAAGAAAUUUGGACUGACUUUUCAAACAGCUGCUGAUGCACGGGCUUUCGACAAAGGAGUUAGGACGGCAGUCCAAGAACUUGUUGAAGGACUUGCCGAACAAUCCUCGUUAAUCGACGAUAAUGCUCUAGCAGAUGGUGGCGAUGACGACGUUUUCAUGAUACUGAAUUUGCCAGCGGAGCCGCCGGAGCCGCGCCAAUCGACGGAGCCGAUGCAUCGAGGCUUAAUCCGGAUACCGAAUUAUCACUCACAAUGUUCCGAGCACUUGGACACCCACAGGCCAAUUCACUACAUCGACGGGCCAUCCAUCGUGAAGAUGCCCCCCCACCAUCAUCCCCAUCAGCAAGCGCAGCAUCAGCACCAUCAUCCGUUGGAAUCGAGGCCGGCGGACCUCGCUUCCGAUAAUUAUCCCUACGUGCAGCUGACGACGCUCAACCACGAGUACCUCUACCCAGUGAUAGACGAGCACCAGCAGCACCAGCACCACAAGUCUGAGCGGCUCGAUCGCAGCAAUUCGGGUGGCUCCCUUAAGAAGCCCGACAUCCUCGUAUCGCAGCCGACGAAAGUAAGCGGGGUGUUGACGGGGAAGGGUGCCCGAGGCAACCUGAGGCUGCGCUGCAAGCAUUGCCAGGAGCUGUACACGGAGCAACAGAAUCCGAGGGGCGCGUGCGAAUACGCCCCGGACCCCAUGAGGCGCGGCAUCGCCAACGUCUCCUGCCUCUCCUGCGCCCAAUGUAUGCUCUACCACUGCAUGAGCGACGCCGAGGGAGAUUUCGCCCAGAAUCCGUGCAGUUGCAGCACGGAGGAGGGCUGCGGGCGUCGAUGGCUCGGGCUGGCCCUGCUGUCGUUGAUCGUGCCGUGCCUCUGGAUCUACCCUCCGCUCAGGGCAGUCCACUGGUGUGGCAUGUCGUGCGGCAUGUGUGGCGGUCGCCACCACCCAAUGGAAUAACUGGAGGAGCCCUUUGAUAUCUCUGGAGCGUUGUCGGCUAAUGGCGCGGGCCUGGGGCUCGGGCGCAGACUGACGAGGCCGGCGGGCACCGCCAACGUCUAUGAGUGCCACGACCUCAGCACGGGACGAUGCCAGAGAUACCAAAGGGGCAGGCAGCUACCGGUGCACGCACUCAUCCACCAGCGUCAUCUUUGAGGGCAGGGCCAAGGGCAGGGCCAAGGUUGCUGCGCACGCUUUAACCGACAACCGAAGAUGCGCCGCGACGUCCUGCUCCGCCCCACCCUUGCAUCCAUCCAUCCAUCUAUUUUUUCCUUCCUACUCCAUCUCUCU